CGGGGAGGCAGGCCCCCCCGAGAGACCCGUCGGGUUGGAUUGUUUUGGGGGGCGGCGGCGGAAGGGGGGCGCCUGGCCACGGACCUCGUUUUUUCAGACGCCCCCCCCCCACACACACACACACCAGCCCCGGGCCGCUGACGGGGGGCUGAGGGGCGCCGCCAUGCCUCUGCCGCGGUGACGCGCGGGGCCGUGAGGAGAAACCGGGAGAGGAACCGCGACGAGAACCGCAAGGAAAGAAAAAAAAAAAAAAACGGGGAGCGGAACCGUGAGGAGAGAGCCGUGAGGAGGCGCUCGGUCUCCCCGGGGAUGUCCCUCAGGCGGCCGGCGAAAGCGACUCACUCGAGCCCUGGGCAGCGAUGGCAGAGGAACAACAACAGCCGCCACCACAGCAGCCCGAUGCCCAUCAGCAGCUUCCCCUCAGCGCCCCCAACCCCGGGGUGGCUCUGCCAGCCCUUGUGCCCGGGCUGCCAGGGACCGAGGCCAGUGCUCUGCAACACAAGAUCAAGAACUCCAUCUGCAAAACUGUACAAUCUAAAGUGGACUGCAUUUUGCAAGAAGUUGAGAAGUUUACAGACCUAGAGAAACUCUACCUCUACCUUCAGCUGCCUUCUGGUCUCAGCAGUGCAGAGAAAAGUGAUCAGAAUGCCAUGUCAUCUAGUCGAGCACAGCAGAUGCAUGCCUUUUCCUGGAUUCGGAAUACCUUGGAGGAGCAUCCUGAGACUUCACUUCCCAAACAAGAAGUCUAUGAUGAAUACAAGAGCUAUUGUGACAAUCUUGGCUACCACCCAUUAAGUGCUGCUGACUUCGGGAAAAUCAUGAAAAACGUAUUUCCAAACAUGAAGGCACGCCGUUUGGGCACUAGAGGCAAAUCUAAAUAUUGCUACAGUGGACUAAGGAAAAAAGCUUUUGUUCAUAUGCCAACACUGCCCAACCUUGACUUUCAUAAAACUGGAGAUGGAUUGGAAGGAGUUGAACCAUCUGGGCAGCUUCAAAAUAUUGAUGAAGAAGUUAUCUCUUCUGCUUGUCGUCUUGUGUGUGAGUGGGCCCAGAAAGUGUUAAGCCAGCCGUUUGACACAGUCUUGGAAUUGGCCCACUUCCUUGUGAAGAGUCACUAUAUAGGCACCAAGUCAGUGGCAGCUCUGACUGUGAUGGCAGCAGCACCAGCAGGACUCAAAGGAAUCCCCCAGCCUUCUGCUUUUAUACCUACAGCUGAAAGUAAUUCUUUUCAACCUCAAGUAAAGACUUUGCCAUCUCCGAUUGAUGCUAAGCAACAGUUGCAACGGAAAAUUCAGAAAAAGCAGCAAGAACAGAAACUACAAUCCCCAUUGCCAGGAGACUCCUCAGCAAAAAAACCAGAAGGCACUACAGCUAACGGAGUGGCUAAUCUACCCAAUGGAAACCCUGCCAUCCUUUCUCCCCAGCCCAUUGGAAUUGUGGUGGCAGCUGUCCCUAGUCCCAUUCCGGUCCAGCGGACCAGGCAGUUAGUAACUUCACCAAGUCCAAUGAGUUCUCCUGAUGGCAAGGUUCUUCCCCUCAAUGUGCAGGUGGUCACUCAGCACAUGCAGUCUGUGAAACAGACACCAAAGACUCCUCAGAACGUUCCAGCCAGUCCUGGUGGGGACCGUUCUGCCCGGCACCGCUACCCUCAGAUCUUACCCAAGCCAGCAAACACCAGUGCACUCACCAUCCGCUCACCUACAACUGUGCUCUUUACUAGCAGUCCCAUCAAAACUGCUGUUGUACCUGCAUCACACAUGAGCUCUCUAAAUGUGGUGAAAAUGACAACAAUAUCCCUCACACCCAGUAACAGUAAUGCCCCCCUUAAACACUCUGCCUCAGUCAGCAGUGCUACUGGAACAACAGAGGAAUCAAGGAGCGUUCCUCAGAUCAAGAAAGGCUCUGUCGUUUCCCUUCAGUCUCCUGGGUCUAGGGCCAGCAGCACUGGGGGAACUUCUGCUGUGGAAGUCAAAAUGGAACCAGAAGGUUCAUCAGAUGAGCAUCCUCUGCAGUGCCAAGAGAACUCUGAGGAGACUAAAGCUCCCCUAACAACACCUAGUGCCCUUUGGGGGCAGAAAAGUAAUACAGAUGGAGCAGUACCAAAACCUUCCAAUGAAGGUGUCACUGAAGUAAAAGCAACUAAGGUCUGUGACCAGAGGACCAAAUGUAAAAGUCGCUGUAAUGAAAUUCUGCCAGGCAUCUCAGCAGGCAAUAAUCAAAGCACUGUUACUCUCUCGGUUGCUACUCAGAACUUCACCAGCACGAGCUCACCAUCUAAUGGUGACUCAGCAAAUAAAGACCCUAAAUUAUGCACUAAAAGUCCAAGAAAACGACUGUCUGCCACACUGCAAGAGUCUCAGGUGCCCCCUGUAAAGAAACCAAUUGUGGAACAGCUUUCUGCAGUUACCGUAGAAGGUCAGAAACCAGGUACUGUCCAGAAGGACCAAAAGGUGCCACCUUCAGGGAGAACAGAAAGUCCAACAGCAGGUGCUCAGAUGCCUAACAAGGUGUCCGUCAGUGUCGGUUCCCACGUUACAGACGAUCAGCCCUUGAACCCUGCUCUUGUUGCCAGUGAAUCAGUUCUGGAGCAGCAAACGACACCAUCAUCGUCUCCAGAUGUAACAGUAAAACUUGAAGGGAGUGUCUUUCUCUUGGACCAUGAGUCAAAAUCAGAUGGCAGCUUUAAUCCUAACGAAUGGCAACAAGUUCCUAAGGAUUCUGACUUCAUAGCUGCCAGCUGUGAACAGCAGCAAGAUAUUAGUGUUAUGACAAUGCCUGAGCAUUCUGAUAUCCAUGAUUUAGAGAAGUCUGUAUGGGAAUUAGAAGGGAUGCCACAGGACUCAUACAGCCAGCAGCUACAUAGCCGGAUCCCAGAAUCUUCUUUGAAUCAAAUACAAGCACAGUCUUCAGAUCAGUUACCAUUGCAGUCCGAACUGAAAGAGUUUGAGUCUUCUGUUUCCCAGACAAAUGAAAGCUACUUUCCUUUUGAUGAUGAACUUACACAAGAUAGCAUUGUGGAAGAGCUGGUGCUAAUGGAGCAGCAGAUGUCGAUGAAUAAUUCACAUUCUUAUGGUAACUGCUUGGGAAUGACCCUUCAGAGUCAGUCAGUAACUCCAGGAGCUCCAAUGUCAUCUCAUGCUUCCAGCACCCACUUCUAUCAUCCAAUCCAUAGCAAUGGCACUCCAAUUCACACACCUACACCCACACCCACUCCUACACCAACCCCAACCCCAACCCCAACCCCAACAUCUGAAAUGAUUGCUGGGUCUCAGAGUCUAUCACGGGAGAGCCCUUGCUCCAGGCUUGCCCAGACGACACCUGUGGAUAGUGCUUUAGGAAGUAGCCGACACACACCCAUUGGUACUCCGCAUUCUAAUUGCAGCAGUAGCGUCCCUCCAAGCCCUGUUGAAUGCAGGAAUCCAUUUGCAUUCACCCCAAUAAGCUCCAGUAUGGCUUAUCAUGAUGCCAGCAUUGUCUCAAGCAGUCCUGUGAAACCAAUGCAAAGACCCAUGGCCACACACCCUGAUAAAACCAAGCUUGAGUGGAUGAAUAAUGGGUAUGGUGGGGUUGGUAAUUCAUCAGUUUCUGGCCAUGGCAUUCUCCCAAGCUAUCAGGAACUAGUAGAAGAUCGUUUCAGGAAACCCCAUGCCUUUGCUGUGCCUGGACAGUCAUACCAGUCUCAGUCCAGACACCAUGACACUCACUUUGGUCGUUUGACUCCCGUCUCUCCUGUGCAGCAUCAAGGUGCCACUGUAAACACCAACAAGCAAGAAGGGUUUGCAGUCCCUGCUCCUCUUGAUAACAAAGGAACGAAUUCAUCUGCCAGCAACAACUUCAGGUGCCGGAGUGUGAGCCCUGCUGUCCAUCGCCAACGGAAUCUUAGUGGAAGCACCCUCUAUCCUGUGUCUAAUAUCCCACGGUCUAAUGUAACCCCCUUUGGAAGUCCAGUAACCCCAGAAGUUCAUGUUUUCACAAAUGUUCACACAGAUGCAUGUGCCAACAACAUAGCUCAAAGAAGUCAGUCAGUUCCCUUGACUGUCAUGAUGCAGACAGCUUUCCCAAAUGCUCUGCAGAAGCAAACAAACAGUAAAAAGAUCACUAAUGUUUUGUUGAGUAAACUCGAUUCUGACAGUGAUGAUGCAGUGAGAGGUUUGGGAAUAAACAACAUGCCCUCCAAUUAUACAGCCCGGAUGAAUCUCACUCAGAUUUUGGAAACGUCCUCUGUUUUUCCUAGUGCCAAUUCACAAAAUAUGAUCGAUUCCAGCACUUCUGUUUAUGAAUUCCAAACACCAUCUUACCUCACCAAAAGUAAUAGCACCGAUCAGAUCAGUUUUUCUCCUGGAGAUAAUCAAGCACAAUCUGAAAUUGGAGAACAGCAAUUAGAUUUCAAUAGCACUGUUAAAGACCUGUUGAGUGGAGACAGCCUGCAAACCAGCCAGCAGCUGGGUCAGGUAACAUCGGAGCUCACCAACACUGCAUCUGAUUUCCCUAGCGACAUCAGGUUGUCUUCUGACCUCUCAGGCAGCAUCAAUGAUUUGAACACCUUAGACCCAAAUCUACUGUUUGAUCCAGGUCGUCAGCAGGGACAGGAGGAUGAAGCCACACUGGAAGAAUUAAAGAAUGACCCACUGUUUCAACAGAUUUGCAGUGAGUCAAUGAACUCCAUGACUUCAUCAGGUUUUGAAUGGAUAGAAAGCAAGGACCAUCCUACUGUUGAAAUGUUGGGAUAAAUUGUGUUUUAUAAUAUGUAGCACACUGUAUCUAAAGACAUAUGUAUUGUAUUUGUCUUAAUGGAAGUGCCUCCCGCAGCAGAAACACUAUUAAUUGUGACAUUUUAAAAGCGUUUGCUGCAGAAGUGGUUUCUUCUUCAGUAGGAAAUGGUUAGACUUGCCUCAGUUCUGGACAAGUUUCUGAAGACAGUAGGCUGUAGAGCAAGUAUUAGGUUUUAAAUUUUAUAAUGUUCCCCAUUUAAUCACAUUUGCUAGUAAAGAAUCCAGCUUUUUACAAGA